GGAGGCAUUUCCCUCCAUCUCUUGCGUAUUGCAAACAAGAGAAUAACGAACCCUCCUCCCCCUCACGGUAGGUUCAUUUCCCCGGCCAACGAGCGAGCGUCGCUUUAAUAAUUCUACCAUAAGUAUAUACCUAGCCGGCAUUGUUUCCGAUCGAGCGACAAGUCCCAAGCUGUUGUUAUUGGCAUUAGAUUGAUUACCUGCAGACCAGGCGCCUAGGUUAAUUUGUUAUUGGCCAAGCUGUUGUUAUUGACAUUAGAUCGCACACUUUUGGGUUAAUUUUUAGCUGGCUAGGUACCUGCCGGCCGCAGCUAGCAUGCACCGUACCAUACCAGAGAUUAUCCAAUUGAUUAAUUAGUAAUUUGAAAUGGGAGUCGGAGCGCGCCCCAUGGAAGAUGGAUAGAUUGUUGUGUAGGCCGGCGUCACGGCUCCGCCGGUACCGGCGAUGUUUAUAUUCCGACAGCGCAGCGAGGUCGGCAGAGGAAGGCGAUGGGGAACAGGAGGAGGGGGUGGGAUGGAGAGACAAGAUCUUGGAUCCGAGCAGCGGCUUUGUGAACCUGUGGAACCACAUCUUCCUGGUCACCUGCCUCAUCUCCCUGUCCAUAGAUCCCCUGUACUUCUACCUGCCGUACGUGGGCGGCAAGGCCUGCAUGUCCACCGACAAGAGCGCCUCCGUCGCCAUAACCUACUUUCGCACUCUCACCGACUUCUUCUACGUUCUCCACAUGCUCCUCAAAUUCCGCACCGCCUUCGUCGCCCCCAGCUCCCGGGUUUUUGGUCGGGGCGAGCUGGUCAUGGACUCCACAGAAAUCGCUAUGCGCUAUCUCAAAUCCGAUUUCAUCAUUGAUUUCGCAGCCACCCUCCCUUUACCUCAGAUUGUGAUUUGGUAUGUGAUUCCGGCCACCAAAGGCAACGGCUCCGGCCACGACAACAAUACCAUUGCUCUUAUCGUCCUCAUUCAAUACCUUCCCAGGUUGCUCGUUAGCAUCCCCUUAAAUCAGAGGAUUAUCAAAACAACCGGCUUUAUUGCUAAAACAGCUUGGGCAGGAGCGGCAUAUAACCUUAUCCUCUUCAUGUUAGCCAGCCAUGUACUAGGGGCUUCAUGGUACCUGUCGUCGAUUGGGCGACAGCACUCUUGCUGGACAAUGCAGUGUAAAAUUGAGCAGAAUGCGGUGCCACCGUGCGUGCCGAGUUUUCUGGACUGUGAGAGCGUGACUUCCCAUACGCUGGAGCGGGAGUACUGGCUCAACACCACAUCAUUGCUCUCGCGUUGUGAUCCUAAUAAUGAGGACUCUGAUUUCAAAUUCGGAAUGUUUGCUGAUGCCUUCACCAGUGAAGUUGCAUCCUCUCGAUUUAUUGAGAAGUAUCUCUACUGUCUCUGGUGGGGCUUAAGAAAUUUGAGUUCAUAUGGACAGAAUUUGAUGACUAGCACUUACAUUGGGGAAACAGUCUUUUGUAUUUCCGUGUGUAUCAUUGGUUUAAUUCUAUUUUCUCAUUUGAUUGGGAACAUGCAGAUCAGACUUACCUGCAAUCUCUGACGGUGAGACUUGAGGAGUGGAGGAUUAGAAGAAGAGAUACAGAAGAAUGGAUGAGGCAUCGCCAGUUACCACCAGAUCUGCAAAGACGUGUUCGUCAAUUUGAGCAAUACAAAUGGCUGGCCACCAGAGGAGUGAAGGAAGAAUCUAUCUUAAAAUCCUUACCACUGGAUCUUCGUCGUGAGAUUCAGAGACAUCUUUGUCUUAACCUCGUUCGCAGAGUUCCAUUCUUUGCACAGAUGGAUGAUCAACUGCUUGAUGCCAUUUGUGAACGGCUAGUGUCAUCUUUGAGUACAAAAGACACGUACAUUGUACGGGAGGGUGAUCCGGUGAGCGAGAUGCUUUUCAUCAUUAGGGGUACACUCCAAAGCUCCACAACCAACGGUGGAAGAUCAGGAUUCUACAAUACUUAUGACCUCAGGCCCGGAGACUUUUGCGGGGAGGAGUUACUCACAUGGGCUCUACUCCCCAACUCUUCACUAAACCUGCCUUCCUCAACUCGCACCGUGCGAACACGGUGCGAGGUUGAGGCAUUUGCGCUUCGCGCUGAGGACCUUAAGUUCUUUGCCGUUCAGUUCAAACAUCUCCACAGUAAGAGGCUGCAGCAUGCCUUUCGACACUAUUCUCAGCAGUGGAGGACCUGGGGCGCCUGCUAUAUCCAGUCUGCAUGGAGAAGGUACAAAAAGAAAAAGUUGGCCAAAGAGCUGUCUUUGCAUGAGACAUGCUAUUAUCAAUACAUGCCGCCCACGGAUUUAGCGGGUGUAAACGAUGAAUCAUCAUCAUCAUCAUCAUCUGGAGAAUAUGAUGGUGUGGACACUCAUGCACCGCAGCAUAUUGGACCCACAAUGUUGGCCUCCAAAUUUGCAGCAAAUACAAGAAGGGGGGUCAUGCAAAAAGUUAAGAUAACUACGCCGGCACCUUCAUCAUCCAGUCUCAAGAUGUCACAACUAUGUAAGCCAGAAGAGCCCGAUUUCUCUAGCUCUUAAAUGAUAAUCUAAUAUUCACUUGUAUCUUCAUCCAUCAUACACAUUAGAUUGAAGACGUCUGACUUCCUUUCUUUAGAAUAUACUCCGUAUAAGAAUUUUGACUGCUAAAGUCUGCUAUAUAGGAUUAUAGGGUAUUUUUAUUCUUCUACUUGUAAAUCAUUGCAAUGUCUAGGUUUUGGUCAAUAGAUUCUUAAUUAUGUUAUAUUUCAGAUUUUCGGAUUCUUAAUUAGGUUCUGGUAUAGGAGUAAAAGUGUUUAGAAUCCCAAAAUGUAAUCACUAUAUUUUUAUUCUCUAAAUAUGGAUAAUUAUUUCCAUGUUUGGAAAUAAUGCUAUUUAUACUGUGAUAUUUAAAGUUUGGCAACAUUAGGUAUGACGGUA